AUGGAAGGGGCCGAGAGAGACAAGCUGAUGCUGCAGCAAAGAAUUUCUUCGCUGGACUUCAUCCUUGACGACGAUGAUGAACUUGACGAUGACGACACAGAUGACGAUGCUGUGAAGACGAAGCGAGAGGCCUUCAGGAACCUCAAACAGGAUUCAUCGGCUUCCAUCGAUUUCGACGACCUGCUUCCUCACGUAGGCGAGUUCGGCAAGUAUCAAAAGCUGCUGGUCUUCCUCGUGUGCCUGCCAGCCUGCAUCCCAUGCGGCAUCCACGCGUUCAGCCAACUCUUCAUGUCGCCGGUCCCGGACCACUGGUGCCGGGUGGGCGGUCCGCAGUUCCGGACUGCUAUCGCCGAUAUCCUAAGGACACAACAACUGGAAACACUACAACUAGAAAAUCCUGCGGUCACAACAACACCAGAACUAACUGAAAGUUUAAUAGAUAAUUUAACAGAGUCAAUCAUCAAAGACUUUGAUUCAGGUAAAUCAAAUACUGAAGGUUCAACUGGAAUGUCAUCCACUGAGAACCCUACUGAACUAAUUACAGAAGCUCCGAUCACGUCUACAACUUUUAGAGGUCGACACCAUCACCAACAAAAACAUAUCAAGAAACAAAAGAAAUAUUUCACAUUUCCCAGUUUGCUUGAGAGCAACAACAAUGGUUUUCACAAUAAUAAUUCCAAUAAUUCAUCUCAUGGGAGUCGCACUGUACAAAAUUCCAGAAAGUUCCUCAUGAACCCAUUGCGACCAUUGGUCGAGGCAGCGCCCAGGGGCUCCAUCAAUGUUGUGAGGCGCUCUAGAGGGGCGGAUGAAACGAGCCACAAUAGAAAUAUUAUUCGACAUGGCAAAUAUGUACUGACUGAAGAAGAAGGCCAUGAAAACCAUUCGCACCUCGAUGAUGACCAAGUAUUAAACAUUUUUGCAGCCAUCACCGCGUUAGAACAAAAGCUCGAAAUACGUUUCUCGCUAGCCGAAGAAAAAUCAAGCGGUGAGUUGCAAGUUACAUCAGACUCUACCAACGAAGAAAAAAUUAGAACUGCAUACAAUUUUUAUUCUCCGUUACAUCCCAGGGAAAAUAUUGAAUCUGAGCAGGCAUUGAACCCAGAUAGUUUUUCACUUUACCUCCCACAAACUGAUGGCUCUACCACAUACAAUAUUCCCAUACUAACUCCUUCUCUAAAACUCAACGAAACCGACAGCAAAUUGUACGAUCAAACCAUAAGUGACAGACAAGUCAAGUUUCAUCCUUCAGGCAAUCAAGAAGGUAUUGCUGCAAAUAGACGGAAAUAUCGCGCGAACACAGCUUUCCGGGAUAAUGGAUCUGAGAAUACUUCAGCCUCUUAUAUCGCAGCGACUUCGACCUUUUACAACAAUCCUUCAAUGGAGAUCAAGAACUCUAAAGUGCGAUGGUUGCGAGCGUACGCUGAAGAUGAAGAUUCUAUAGAGAGGCCAAUGGGAAAAGAGAGAACAAUUCGAGGGGAUACUGAGGAUGGAAAAUUUAUGGAGACGACAAUGCGGAUGGAAACUGAGGAUGAAGAUACUCUGGAUGAUACAGAUUACCUUGUUGAGAACACAACAAUUCCGGUCGAAGACAAUGACAGCAAUCGACAAACUGAAACUGUCAAUAUCCGAGCUGAGGAUUUCCAGUUGCGAGUAGAGAAGUAUAUCAGAGAUAUUUACAUCCCGAAAGAGGCGUCAGGCAAGUACAGCUGCUGCCAGAAGUACGACAUCGAACCCUCAACUGCCCUGACAGCCGCCAACACGACCCAGGCGUGGCCUGUCGUAGACUGUAACCAUGAAUGGGUCUUUGACACAUCUACUGUCAAGUCAUCAAUUGUUAUGGACUUUACUUUAGUAUGUCAUCGCGCCAUCUACCCCACCAUUGCUCUGGCUGUCCUAAACAUUGGGGGCAUCAUCGGGGUGUACUUCUUCGGCUCCCUGUCUGACAGGUUCGGGCGUCGCGCAUCUUUCCUGCUAUGCCUGGGCACCGAGCAGGUGUUCGCUCUCGCCACUGCCGCGGCCCCCACGUACGAAUGGUGGCUUGCGUGUCGGUUCUUCGUCGGUCUCACCAUCCCGGCCAUAUACCAGAUCCCCUUCAUCAUUUCGAUGGAGCUGGUAGGGCCAAACUACCGAAGUUUCGUCACGGUGCUGACGUGUUUCUUCUACGUGAGUGGCAUGAUGAUCUUGUCAGGAGUGGCGUACCUCGUCAGGGACUGGCAGCUCCUCUGCGUCGUCACGUCACUGCCUUUCUUCACUUAUAUCAUCUACUGGUGGUUUCUGCCUGAGUCCCCCCGUUGGCUGCUGGGUCGCGGUCGCCUCCACGAAGCCGGCCUAAUUCUGCAGCGAAUGGCGCGUGUCAACGGAGCCCGACUUCCAGAGUCAUUCCAACAAAAGCUGUCGUCCCGAAUGUUGGCCCAGCAAGCAGCCAGUCGAGGCUCGAGCAAAAUAUCAAGCAACGUCGACACUACCGAUAAGGCAGGCUUCUGUGGGCUGUGGGCGACCCCCAACAUGAGGCGUAAAACCCUCCUCAUCAUACUCGUCUGGUUCGCGAACGAGACGGUGUACGUGGGGCUGAGUUACUACGGUCCUGUUAUGGGGGACAACGAGCACCUGGCGUUCUUCCUGUCGUGCCUGGUGGAGGUGCCGUCCUACCUGCUGUGCUGGGUGGUCAUGGACCGCUGGGGGCGCCGCUGGAUCUUAGGGGUCGGCAUGAUUGUGGGGGGACUUUGUUCAGUGGCGACUGUGGUUACGCCUGCCCAGUCGAGCGUGAUGGCGCAGAGUUUCUACCUCGUGGCCAAGUUCGCCGAGUCGGCGGCGUUCCUGAUCAUUUACCCGUUCAGCGCUGAGCUUUUCCCCACGGCGGUGCGGGGCGUGGGGAUAGGGUUCGCUGCCUACGUCGGGGGAAUUGGGCUCGUCGUUAUCCCUUUCAUCAAUUACUUGGGAUCAGAAAUGUUGUCUCUGCCCCUUCUGAUCAUGGGGCUGCUGUCUGUGGUGGGAGGCGUCGCGGCCUUCCGACUGCCAGAGACUUUGCACCAGCCGCUCCCCAACUCACUCAAGGAGGGGGAGCAGUUCGGCGCAAGCUUCUCCUGGGCAGACUGCUGCAGUUGCAAGCCUAAGCGCGAUGAGUCAGACGACAAGGAGUCUUUCACGGCGCACGAAUCUCGCAAGUAUCGCGAUGAAAUAAUCGACUUGACAAAUCUUAACCUAAUCUCAAGCGAAGAAGGGAGACAGACUCGUCAAAAUCGUCGGUGUCGUCCCACGUCGUCGCUGCUCGCCGACGAGAGCGAUUACGCAACCGAGAACGAAUACAGCAUCGACGAGGACCCGUCGAGCGGAGACUCGGGCCCUGGCGCAAGAGACACGGGCCCUGGCGCAAGAGACACGAGCCCUGGCGCAAGAGACACGGACCAGCGCUCGAGCUUCAAGCGAAGGAAGAUGGCCAGCCGACGUGGUCAGUAUUCAAGGGCACUCUCGCAGUUUGCUGAUGAGAAACAAGAGCUUGAGAGGCCAUUGAAACGAUUCCUGUCAUCGCACUCUGAACGUUCCCGCACAGUCGAUCUGUCGUCUUUGGAUGAAAUCGCCCCUUUUUCACCAACUCUUCGCCACGGCGAUGGAAGGAUGUUCCUUGCAUCAGGAAGCAGCCGAGAUGCCAUGGCAAUAGAUUCGACAUCAAGAGAAAUGCCACGGCCUGAAGAGGCGCUACGGCAUAUACGAGCACCUAUCAAGAAGGGUAAGUUGGUCAAACAAGCGAGCAUCGUUCCGAUCAUCACUGACUCGUCAGGUGCCAUGAAAAUGACCUUUUGGAUGUGAGUUCUCUCAUCGCACCAUCGUGUUUGAUGGGGGCUCUUUAGUCCGUACGACAAAGUUGAAAAAUAAAUACGGUCUUAAUUGCAAAUUUAAAUUUUGGGUAUUGCAGAAGAAGUUGUAAGUAUGAAGGUAAUUUAUUUCAGUUGUUAAUUAAAAUUUAGACGUAAGUUGUAAAACAUAAACAUGAAAAG